GAGGGAGAGGCUGAGGGUGUGAAGGGGAAGGGGGCUGUGGCAUGUGGUUGGAGGGAGGACUGGACUCUGAUGAGGGGUGUUGCGAGGAGGUGGGGAAAUCUCAGAAUUGGAGUUUAGACGAUUCUGGGGGGCUUCGAAAGUGUUAAAUUGGAUGUGGGAGGGGCAAGGGCCUAGGGGAGAAUUUGGGUGGAAAAGGAGAGAACGGAGGUUUGGGGAAUGGAGAGAGUGUCGGUGGGAGGAGGUAAUGGAGAAAGUGAGAGACUGGGAGGAAGAAAGUUUGGGAAGAAGGAGUGGAAUGGGAGAUAGGACAGUGGAGCUGCACGGGUGAUAGAGGUUCGGGGGUUUCCCUUUCCCCGGUGGAGAGGAGGAGAGAACAGAGUUAAGCAGCAUCAGUUGCAGCCAAUUCUAAUUGCCAGGUCCUUAGCUUUUAAGAGGGUGGGAAGGGCAGAAGGGAAUGGUCAUGUGGGUUUGCAGAAUUGGGGUUGGAUGAGAAUUCAACUGGGUUUGUUUUCCAAAAGACUCCCUAGCUUACUGUUCCCUUGUUUUUCCUGCUUGGGAAAAUGGGGAAGCCGGUGUCGUCCAAGUGUGGAGGAGCAAAGGACUUUUCUAGUUUUUAGCAUUAGCAAUAAAAGAGUGGGGGAGCAGACAUGGCUAUAUUGGAACCCUAUAUGCUAAGGUGGAGGCUCUGGAAGUCUGAGGAGGGAAAGACAAAAGAUAGAGUGGCAUCUAGACAGGCUAAUUAAAUGAGUGCUGUAGUUUCCAGACCCUUUUGCUGUUUAAGUCUAGAAGGGAGGGGGUAACAUGGAUACUGUAUGUAGAAAAACUUUCCCUGGUGAAACAUAGAUGUAUGAGUGGAUGCUGCGCCAUUAGAUAUUUUGUUCUCAUUGUGUGCUAGUUAAGGGAAAGGGCCAAAGGUAGAAUUUGAAGGAUAGUGCUAGUCUGUUGUAACCACUUGCCUCCCAGUUUUUUCUGAAGAUGAAAGUUAACAUUAAUAUUGUAACAAAAUAGGAAUAAGGAAUUGUGGAGGAAGAUGAGAAGGUGCCAGAGGGUAAUUGGUUUUCCCAGAAGUUCUUAAAUUUGGGAGCUUUCUUACCGCAAGCCAUUGAGACUGGAAAUUCUUGGAGUUGGUAUUUUUGUAAAUUGACUAAUAGACAGUUAGGGAAGCCUGGAGACUUGUUGGGGGAAGAGACCUGGGAAAUUAAGUUUCUUGCGGAGUACAGUGUGGAUUGCAGCUGCUGAGCAGGGAUUCUGGAAAGCAUUGCGUACCUGAGCCCCCAGCAUGGCGGGCCUAAAGCGGCGGGCAAGCCAGGUGUGGCCAGAAGAACAUGGUGAGCAGGAACAUGGGCUGUACAGCCUGCACCGCAUGUUUGACAUCGUGGGCACUCAUCUGACACACAGAGAUGUGCGCGUGCUUUCUUUCCUCUUUGUUGAUGUCAUUGAUGACCACGAGCGUGGACUCAUCCGAAAUGGACGUGACUUCUUAUUGGCACUGGAGCGCCAGGGCCGCUGUGAUGAAAGUAACUUUCGCCAGGUGCUGCAGCUGCUGCGCAUCAUCACUCGCCAUGACCUGCUGCCCUAUGUCACCCUCAAGAGAAGACGGGCUGUGUGCCCUGAUCUUGUAGACAAAUAUCUGGAGGAGACAUCAAUUCGCUAUGUGACCCCCAGAGCCCUCAGUGAUCCAGAACCAAGGCCUCCCCAGCCCCCUAAAACAGUGCCUCCCCACUAUCCUGUGGUGUGCUGCCCCACUUCGGGUCCUCAGAUGUGUAGCAAGCGGCCAGCCCGAGGGAGAGCCACACUUGGGAGCCAGCGAAAACGCCGGAAGUCAGUGACACCAGAUCCCAAGGAAAAGCAGACAUGUGACAUCAGACUGCGGGUUCGGGCUGAGUACUGCCAGCAUGAGACUGCUCUGCAGGGCAACGUCUUCUCUAACAAGCAGGACCCACUUGAGCGCCAGUUUGAGCGCUUUAACCAGGCUAACACCAUCCUCAAGUCCCGGGACCUGGGCUCCAUCAUCUGUGACAUCAAGUUCUCUGAGCUCACCUACCUCGACGCAUUCUGGCGCGACUACAUCAAUGGCUCUUUAUUAGAGGCACUUAAAGGUGUCUUCAUCACAGACUCCCUCAAGCAAGCUGUGGGCCAUGAAGCCAUCAAGCUGCUGGUAAAUGUAGACGAGGAGGACUAUGAGCUGGGCCGACAGAAACUCCUGAGGAACUUGAUGCUGCAAGCAUUACCCUGACCUUUUCCCUCUUCUCACUUUGGGGACUGUUCCCAUCACCCAUCUCUGGAGCUUACACUGUUCUGGGGUUUGUUCUCUACCCUUCCAACCAAUCACACCCCUGCCUUUUUUUUUUUUUUUUUUUUUUAAAGAAAAAGACGAAAGUGGAAGUGGUGUUCCCCUCCCCUCCCUGCACCCAUGUGCCUGGGCUUCCCCUUUGUUUCCCUUUUCCAUUUACCCCCUAAUGUGUGUCUCUACAGCUACCUUACCACUGAGCCGUAAGACAAAUGUAUAGGGAGAAGCGAAGUCUACAGCACAUAGUCUUUGUAAGGGAUUGAUGUGAACACUGCUUUUGGGUGCACUAAGGAGUUAUCAAUACUUCUGGCUUUAUGAGAGCUCUUAAAUGUUGUCUAAAAAAACCAAAGGGCUGUGAGUAAGGGAGCUGUGUGGAAGGUGGGACUCUGAAGUGUAUUUUGAAAAUUAAUCGCCACCCUCUUCCAAAUUAUAGAAUUUUUUAAAAACAAAGAAGCUGUGACCCUUUCCACUCUCUCCUGGCCUCUGGUGCUGCUCCUCUCUGCUGCCUUUCCUCCAUUCCGUGGCUUGAAACCUCUGCCUGAUGUGGCUCCUUCCUUUUACCCAUUUGUCAAACCCUCUUCAACGGAGGAACAGAUAAGAAGACUGGGUCAGCUGAGUCACUCCUCCCAAUUGUGGUGGUAUAUGUGUACACACAUAGACAGGGUGGAUGGAGAAGAGGUUGCUGAUUAAAAUACACUCCCCCUAUAAAGGGGAAGGGGGAGUGUGACACUUUCUUUCCAUGUUCAAGUGAAAAUAAAUAAUGUACCCUGCAGCCCUUUUCCCCUUUGCUUUCUUCUGGCUUGGGCAAAGGGCAUCAUAGGUGAAAGUGAAGUAAUUCCUUUUUCCUUCCCCCUCCUCCACUCCUACGCCCACUCCCAUGCUUGGGAGAAUGGGGCUGGGACAUGCACUGAGUGUUGCACUUUUAUUUAUGUAGGGACGCAUGUUGAAUGAGCCAGGUCUAGAACUGGAGCUUAGUCCAGCUGGUACAAUACCAACUCCCCUUCUAGUUCCCAAAGGCGAUGUCCAGACAUAGACUUUAUGAUUAUUAUAUUUUUCAAUGCCAGUGCUGCUCAGCCCUCAGCAGAACUUCAGUUUUCAUGAAAUAAACAAUGACUAUAUAAAA